CAACAUCUCUUUUUCAGUCACUGUGAAUAUUGGAUGGGGUCAGGUUGUUCCAUCAGCUGUGUCCCAGAUUCUAUGAUUCUCAAAACUCUACCAAUCAGCCCCCUCUAGUAUGCUUUAAAAAGCCAUGCUUGGGGUCACCUUUGGCUUGUGAGAAGUGGCCAUAAGAGAGGUGAUAAGUAAGAGUAGCUGGUGAAAAGUUUGAUUAGCAAAGGAUCAAGCUCCUGACUUAAGGGGUUAGGUUAGCAGACAGAGAUCAAGGAGAGGAAAGAACGGGUGCAUAAGAUAGAAAAUGUACCACCAACAUCAAGGGAAGAACAUCCAUCCUUCUUCGAGAAUGCCUUUUCCUUCUGAUAGGCAUUUGUUCCUGCAAGGUGGGAAUGGCCAUGGAGAUUCUGGUCUUGUCCUCUCAUCGGAUGCCAAGCCAAGAUUGAAGUGGACGCCUGAUCUUCACGAGCGCUUCAUACAAGCUGUCAAUCAGCUUGGAGGAGCAGACAAGGCUACUCCUAAAACAGUCAUGAAACUAAUGGGGAUUCCAGGUCUUACCUUAUACCAUCUCAAGAGCCACCUUCAGAAAUACAGACUCAGUAAAAACCUCCAUGGACAAGCUAACAAUGGCAGUAACAAAAUAGGUGUGGUUGCAAUGGCAGGAGACAGAAUGUCUGAAGCUAACGCGACGCAUAUGAAUAACUUAAGUACUGGACCUCAGACAAACAAGGGCAUACCAAUAGGUGAAGCACUGCAAAUGCAAAUCGAAGUGCAGAGAAGGCUGCAUGAGCAGCUUGAGGUACAGCGACAUUUACAACUUCGUAUUGAGGCUCAAGGGAAAUACUUACAGGCAGUGCUGGAGAAAGCCCAAGAGACUCUUGGAAGACAAAGUUUGGGCACAGUGGGGCUUGAAGCAGCCAAAGUACAGCUAUCUGAACUGGUGUCUAAAGUGUCCAACCGCUUGAAUUCUGCAUUUCCAGAUUUGAAAGACUUGCAGGGUUUGUGCCCCCAACAACCCACUGAUUGUUCAAUGGAUAGUUGCUUGACAUCCUGCGAAGUUUAUCAGAAGGAGCAAGAAAUACACAACAAUGGGAUGUGUUUAAGACCUUACAGCAGCUGCUCAUUCUUGGAGCAAAGAGACCAGACAGCAGAAGAUCCAUUGCUACGACAAACUGAGCUGAAGUCAUUUGAUGACAUGAAACAGAACAAAAUGUUUCUCUCCUCAAUAGGAAAGCAUGCAGAAAGAAGAACGUUUCUUGCAGAUAGAAGCUGCGGUGAGUUAUCCAUGAGUGUAGGGUUACAAGGAGAGAAAGGGAAUGGCAGCAACAACAACAACAACAGCAGCAACAGCAGCAGCUUUUCUGAGGGAAAAUUUAAAGGAAGAAAUGAAGAAAGCAGAAGUGCAGAUAGAGUUAAUAGACUACCUUACUUUGCAACAAACCUGGAUUUAAAUGUCCAUGAAAAUGAUGCAGCUUCAAGCUGCAAACAGUUUGACCUGAAUGGUCUCAGCUGGAGCUGAAGGGUUCUUCAUCAUCAUGAGAAAGUGCAUGAGACAUGGUACAAUCCAACUUAUACAUCGGAAAAGGAGACUCGGGUGAAGGAAUCAAUUCAAUCUUUGAUUGAAUCAGCAACAAAGCUAGAUUUGCUUCUUGCAACUACAUAACAUUAGAUACCUCCAGCUGAUCUCAAACUAGGUUUUUUUUUUUUAAACUUUUUUUCAAUCUCAUGUAUCAUUUAAGACAAGACCUGAUUAAUUUGAGGAACCAUAGCUUUGCUUUCACUUGUACCAGGAUAACUUUUCAAUUUAACAUGCUAAUA